AUGGGAUCGGCCCGCAAGCACGACAAAGCUAGAGGCAAAGAUAAAGAUAAUAAGGCAACGUCAGCUCAUCCAGUGCCACUUAUACCAAAAAUUUGUGGAUGCCCAGUUCCAGAUCCAAUACGAUGCUUUGUUGGAGAACCUUUACCCUUAGGAGGCGAUGGAGUUAGAAUGGAAUGUUCAAAUGAAAAAUGCCCAUUCACAGAUGUUUUACUCCACCAAGAAUGUUUCGACGCAUUUGAGGACCACUUGGUGAAAGUACUAAGCAAUCUUGGAUCCGCUCGAGGGUGGACCGAUGCGCAACGCCGAGCUAACUUAUGGGACAAGAAAGGCCAAUCACUUAUUGCAAAGGUGUGUCGCUGCCGUUGCGGACUUGGCAUGACCAAAAUGGACGAAUUAGCAGCUUACGACCGAUUAAAACGGAAAGCACGAGAAGAAGCCGAGGCCCAACGAGAGGCUGCUCUUGCUGCAGGCUUACGAACACCACCACACAAGAAAAAGCACAGAAAUAAGAAUGCUCUUCCGAAAUUGAAUUUUGGACUUGUAAAAGUCCCAUCGAAGCCUCACCAAGAGGAACGUGAGCCUCGAGGAUUAACGCGCCGACACGGGGCUAAACCCCGCGAUGUAUCGACAUCCUCGAUCUCCUCCACUCUCACUAGUCAUGUUAAUUUUGAGUCACGAAGAGAAUCCUUGACCUACGCAUCAGAUGCUUGGGGACUUUUGCCGGCAUUUGCAACUGACAAUAGAGCUCAUUCUGUCAUGUCUGGGCACUUCGCUGAUCAAGACGAUUCUAUAUCAAGCUGUUCGAAAGACUAUUCUCAAGAUCCAUCUAACAGUGUAGAGUUGUUAUUGACAUCUCUUCCACGGAAUACUAUGUCGUACGCCUCAAUAAUGAAGAAUGGUGCAACAUCACCUCACGAACAUCCUCAUAUGUCGUCUCAUCCUUUUGCUACUGCCCCAUUGGGCGUUCAAACUGAGAUGACGGUUAGCGACAGUGGUGUGGAGCUGAAGAGCGGUUCAACUUCUAGUUCUGAGUUCUCUGAACUUAUGUCGAACAAGGAUCCUACAUCUCCGCUGAAAGAAGACAUGAUGACAGUUCCAUCUUUGACAUCGUUGCACUUCGGCUGCCAAGAUGAUGACUUGUUGGCAGCAAGUUUGAUCGACUUCGACUGUUUGUCAACGGAGAGUUUCGGAGGAUUAGAUCUUCGUCCACUUAGUUCCCAGCAAUCACCUCCGGGUUCGUCUGAUGCGUACGCUGAAUGUCUUUACACAAGACCAAACGACUGCGAAAUUACAUCAAUACCGGAGUGGAAUUUAUUCAGAGGCACAAACUACCAAAACAGCUUUAACAAUUUAAUUUUAUUUCUAUACAUCGCUGCCGAUUAUUCUCAUCCCGAGAUCAGUUCAUUUCCUAUUCUCAAGAUAAAUAUCCCCGGCUCCAACCCCGGUCGAACUGCUGGUCAAGUCGAUUUCUGGUACAAGGACUCUAGGCCGACCUCCAAGUGGGUCGAACCGAAGGAUGUGAGCCCGGUCGAUUUGCUGUUACUGCGGUCGCGCCUCGCUCUGAACAGCAGCUCCAAAACGAUUGCUGAAACUCUGUGUAUCAUCUUGGAAGCCCAAACCAAGGCUCAGCAGCAACUGUUCACUGAGCUGAUGAAGCGUAUGGAAAAGAUAACCUCCGCUUCACAUCCAGCCGUUCCAACAGCACCCGUCACUACGACUGAAUUCGUCACAGAUUCUCUAUCGACACGCUUGCCUGAGUUCGUGUACGAUCCGGAAGAUGGUUGUACAUUCGAGAUCUGGUACAACCGCUACGAGGAUGUAAUCUCAAUGGACGGUGCUACAUUGGACGAUGCAGCAAAAGCUCGACUAAUCGUCUCCAAACUCGACGCCGUCACAUAUGCCCGUUUCGCGAACCAUAUUCUUCCUAAAAAGGCAUGCUCCCUUAACGGACACCGUGGCUGUUCUGAAGGAAUUGUUCGGACAUAA